ACAAUACCAAUAUUCAGUAAUUCAACGAUGGGAAUGUUCAAAGUUUCAAACCACCGACCUUAAAGGGCGAAAAAGCGAGGGAUUAUAGCCUAAUAUAAACUCGGGUACGGACAUCAUGUGGAUCGUUAUCUUCUAAUCUAUGGAUUCUUGACAUAAAACGGGAAGGCGACGAAAUUUAAAUAUCUUUCAGAGAUAUCUCGCACACAACAAUUUCUUGAUUCGAUAUCUUUAAGCCGCGUUAUGAAAUGGGAGGUUAUACAAUCCUGAAAGCGGUUUGGAUAAGCUUUGUUGUUUCUUCAGGCGCUCUUCUACUAAAUGCGGCAAUCCAUAUCGGAUCGUUGGAUUGCCCUCCUGCGAGCAAAAGACUGAUGGUCGGUAAAAAAUUGGAACUUCAGUGGAAUUACGUCGUCGAAGAAAAGGCACAAAGACAAUGGACGAUCAGUUUAUACGUUUUCAAUAACACCAGCAAUGCCAAAGAGAAAAUAUCGACUCUGCUAAAUCCAAACACACUCUUGAACAGGACAUCGCUGCCUCCGCGGUAUCGAAGAAUCAAAUUUCAUCUUUCAUACGACAAAGCGUACAUAUCCAUACAAGCUGCAACCUUCGACGACACUGCUAGUUAUGGAAUUUUGUUUGAGCCAGUGGAAAGUAGCAACAACACAAGGUCUUUUGAAAAGGUCACUGAUGUCACUAUUGUCGGAAAAAUCUCCUUUGGAUCGGAACGGACAGGAAAAUUUCCUUUGUCGACCUGUUUCUUAUACCUAAGGAGUCAUCAACAAUUCUUCGAACCUGGAUUGGUCAACCUGUAACGUUUGUUUGCGCGAUUGAUUUGAGAGACGGUGCAGAUUCCCCAUCUUUUUCAUGGAAGAACGUUAGAAAAAACCUAACAAUCACCGAAAAUGUUAGCAAAGCAAGGUAUAAAAGUGAGCUAAUAUUGAAACCACUGAAUAAGGAUGACUUUGGGAGCUAUAAAUGCUAUGCCUGGACUAGCCACACAAAAAUAAAGCACAAUAUGACGUUGCUAGAAAUUGACUAUCCUGGAUAUCCGUUCCUUCUUAAAUUUGCACCAGAAGGUCCUUUAUCGUGGAAAGCGAAUACUACUGACAUUAAAGAACAAAAGUCGUUCUUUGUUGUGCAAUUCCUACAGCAAAAAUUAAAAAAGUGGAUGAACGUAAAUACAACAUUGGAACUUUCUAUGUCUCUUUACUCUCUUUCGAAAUUUAUUCCCCAUUAUGCAGGGCUGAAUUGCAUCGUACGAGUCUGUACUGAGCGAAAAGAUGAUCAGAAUAACAUAACCUGCUCAAAAAACCUCGAAGUGAAAUCAGAGAUAUCGCCCGGUCCAAGUCUUUGCUUGAUUAGCAGCAAUUCUUCUAAAAAAAUUACAUUGACGUGGGAGCGACAAAAGGCAGACAAUGCUCCAGUUCUGGGAUAUGUUAUACAGAUGUUUCCUCCUUCCAAAUUUGGGGAACCAGACUAUUCGUCUUUUCAUCUGAAAUACGAGAAACGGCGUGAAAGUUACACUGUCGAAAAUUUGGACGUUGCCAGGAAGUUUGUGUUCAGGGUGUGCAUAAGGAACACACUGUGCAUUUUUGAACAAUCUUGUUCGAAGAAAGUUGGACUGAGCCCAGUGUUUCCUUCGAAGCCCAGAAAAGUUGACUUUCAGUUUUACAAUAACUCUGUUAGUAAAGGAAAGCUUUCGUGGAAAGCACCUCUUGAAACAGGGAAGGGAAUCUUGUUCUAUGUUGUUCAAGUUCAAAAAGAUGGAAAGGGAAAAUGGAAAAAGGAGAUAGAAACAAAAUAUUUCCACACGACUCUUACUUCGCUGUCGUUAAGAGACCGCAUUCGGGUGUGUGCGAGGAAUGAUAUUGAUCCCGAAAAGAUCUCAUGUUCGGAUUUUCGUGAUUUGGGCAAGGAAAAAGUCGACGAGUUUUCUGAAAUUCUGCGUACAAAAAAUUUGAGCAACGAAAAAACAGAGCUUCCUCGCGAGUCUAAUAGGAGUUCGCACAGCGGUGCAGGAAUAUUUAUCAUUUUUUUGGCGAUAAUCAUACCAAUAUACGCAAUGGUCUCUAUGCAAAGUUGAAAGAGAAAAAAAUUUGAAAGGAGAUACAGAUCAAUCAG